GAUUGUCCACUCAGCUCUGCCAUUCUGUUUGGUGGAGAUCUAGCGCUGGCAGAUCCUGACUCUCGAUUCCGUGAUCGUUGCUUUAAGGUUCUGGGCGUAUCACUUAUUUAUGGGACUACCCGCCGGUGAAGGAGGCAUGCAGCAAAAAAUGCUGAUUCUCUGGACGCUGUGAUCUCUCAGACACCCCCCACCCCGCGACACUUUCCCCCCUUCUUCUGGAGUUCUGUGAGAUCUUACAAACUGGGGGAGGCCGGCCACCAGAACUGCAGAAUUGAGAGUCCCUUCGAUGUUGGCUUAGCAAGUGUCUCGUGAAAGGGGCAAAAGGAAUCUGUAGAGACUUCUAUUAUCACGUGACAAAAUCCGGGAUGAGGGCGGCUGUCAAUGCUUUGUGUGUGAUCUUCGUCUGUUGCUGCUGCUACUGGAUGAUUCCCUGUCAGGCCGAGUUCGUAAACAUGUCCAUGGCGAAAGAUUACCUCUACGGUGGCCCGGAUGUAGACCUGUUUUGGCCGGGGGAAGAGGAAAACAGGAAGGAUGAGGAAGCUGUGAAAGAGGGGAAUAAUGAGGAGGAAGAGGAGCCGGAACGCGUGGAAUCGGACGAGCAGCGACUGAUGCGCCGUUUGGUCAGCGGUUAUGACAACAGUGUCCGGCCCGUGUAUCAAGCCCAGGAACCUGUGGAUGUCCUGCUGGGAUUGACCUUGACACAGAUACUGGACCUGGACGAGAAGAACCAAGUGCUCACGACCAACGUCUGGCUGGAAGCGUCCUGCGUGGACGAUUACACACAGGGCUACAUGCCGAGUCUGGCGAUGGUAUACGAUGACAGCCGAGUCUUCUGGGGACCGGUCAUCCGGUUCCGAUCAUCCUGUAAGAUCGAUAUCACCUUUUUCCCUUUCGAUACCCAAAUGUGCCGACUGAAGAUGGGGUCAUGGGCAUACACUGGUGAACAGGCCAGAGCUUUUGUUGGUGGAAGUGUGAUGGUGUGGGGAGGAAUUACAGAAGCUGGCAAGAACACACUUGUGACUGUUCGAGAGUUCGAGGCAAUUUGA